AUGUCUCGUCUGCGCCAGGCCCUGCAGCGCAUCUUUGGUGUGACUGCAACACCAGGCGCAUUGCGCUCUCGGACCAUUGACACCAAUUUCUCCAUCAUAAAAGGUAAAGGUGCUGCAACGGCUAUUCUUACCACCGGGCUAACGAAAGGCGCAGAGGGAGACCGGGUCAUUUUACACGGCAAACAGCCUUCAUUAUCAAAGGCAUUGAAGCGAGGUGAAAAACUGCAGACUCCUCGCGGAGCUGUAGAACAUGAUAGUAUCAUUGGGAAACGGGUCUGGGACACCGUGCAGUCUCGCAAAGGCCUGAAUCUCCGCGUCAGCCUCCCAACGUUAGAAGAAUAUGUCGCCCUGACUCCUCGCUUGGUCACGCCGAUCUAUCCACAAGAUGCCAAUUUGAUUGCCUCCCUUCUCGACAUUCAUGUCAACACUCCUGCCGCGGGCGAAAUACAACCCACCCUGGAAAUCCUCGAGUCCGGAACAGGCCAUGGAUCCCUAACACUACACCUGGCGCGUGCCAUUCACGCCGCCAAUACCACCCCUCCGCCUCGUCCAUUGCAAUCCCAGAUCAACUAUCUUGAAGGCCGUAUCACCAGGCCGAGUGAAAAGGACAUGGAACAAACAGGAGAUAAACCCGCCGAGCAGAUUGCGGAUCCAGCACAGGAGGAAUGGAAUGCGUGGCGAGCGCAGCGCAACGCCAUCAUUCACACCGUCGACGUAUCGCCGAAGUUCGCUGCGCUGGCCGAGAAAAACGUCCGGGGAUUCCGCCGUGGAGUCUACGCGGGCAAUAUUGAUUUCUAUGUGGGCCCUGUCGAAAACUGGAUCGCCCAGCAGAAGCAGCAGCGGAAAAAGACUGGACUGGCUACACUGGCUGGGGGAAACCCUGUUGACCCGUUCCUUUCCCAUGUGAUUCUGGACAUGCCUUCCUCGAACUUGAGGAUCCCGCACGUUACCCCGAUGUUGAAGCGCGAUGGCCUCCUGGUGGUGUUCAUGCCCAGUAUCACGCAGAUUGGCGAGUGUCUGCAUUUGAUCCGGGACCAGCGACUGCCUCUUGUUCAGGAGAAGGUAAUCGAGCUCGGCUCCGGAAUCAGCGGCGGUCGCACAUGGGAUGUGCGUUUUGCGACUAAAAAGUCCGGUGCCGACCCAGCGUCCUGGGCUGCCGCUUCAGAUAGUGAGAUUGCCACUCCUGCUGAGGCUGAUGAGCAGUCUAUCGCCACCGAGAAUGCAUCUGAGCUAUCCACUACCGAGGAGCUUCCCAAGGGAGGAGAGUCUGUCUUGGUUUGCCGGCCGAAGGUCGGAGUGCGUAUCCAGGGCGGCGGCUUCGUGGCAGUCUGGCGGCGGAUUGAAGACCGUUAG